AGUCAGUCAGUUAGUUUCAGUAGCGUUGCGAUUUAUCGUUAAUGAAUGGAGCGAAAAUGACAGAAGAAUCCGCUGUAAAAGUUUGCGUUAGGGUCAGGCCCCUUAUUAAAAGGGAGGAGUCUGAGAGUUCAGAGCCAGUGCAGCUCUUUUGGAGAGCCGAUAAACAGGCCAUCCAUCAGCUGGAUGAAGAUGGUGCUACGGCCAAGAGCUUCAGCUUCGACCGAGUGUUCAGCGCUGCAGAGACCACCGCUCAGCUGUACCAGGACAUCGCCAAGCCCCUGGUCGUUUCUGCAGUCGAAGGCUAUAACGGCACGAUAUUUGCCUACGGACAGACGUCAUCCGGGAAGACUUUCUCCAUGAUGGGAAGCGAGCACAACCCUGGAGUGAUUCCUCUCGCCAUGGCUGACGUCUUCAAAACUAUCAAAAAUUUUCCGAAGAAAGAGUUUCUCCUGCGCGUGAGUUAUAUGGAGAUCUACAACGAGACGGUCACAGAUCUGCUCUGCGACAGCUGGAAAAGAAGGCCUCUGGAGAUCCGGGAAGGGAACUAUAAAAACGUGUACGUGGCCGAUCUGACCGAAGAGAUGGUGACGUCUCCCGAACAAGCCCUGUCCUGGAUCACCAAAGGAGAAAAAAACCGGCAUUAUGGAAAAACUAAAAUGAACCAGCGCAGCAGCCGCUCUCACACCAUUUUCCGCAUGAUCCUGGAGAGCCGUGACCGAAGCGAUCCGGCGUCUGGGGAAAACGCUGAUGGAGCCAUCAUUGUGUCGCAUCUGAACCUGGUGGAUCUGGCCGGAGCGGAGCGGGCGAGUCAGACGGGAGCUGAGGGCGCCCGGUUAAAAGAAGGAUGCAACAUUAAUCGCAGUCUGUUCAUACUGGGUCAAGUCAUCAAGAAGUUAUCCGACGAGAGUCAGAAGGGCUUCGUGAAUUAUAGAGAUAGUAAAUUGACCCGAAUCCUUCAGAACUCUCUUGGCGGAAAUGCAAAGACUGUGAUAAUCUGCACCAUCACGCCGGCCACUGUGGACGAGACCGUCAGCACGCUACAGUUUGCGAGCGCUGCGAAGCGCAUGAAGAACGACCCUCAUGUCACGGAGGUCUCCGAUGAAGGCGCGCUCCUGAAGAGAUACCGCAAUGAGAUAGUUGAUCUCAGACGCCGUCUGCAAGAGGUGUCCUCUGUCACUCAGACGACUGAAACCGAGCGCGAGACGCUUUGUCAGCUCCUGCAGGAGAAGGACCAGCUGCAGAGGGAUCAGCAGGACCGGAUCAAAAACCUGACCAAAUUACUCGUCACUGCCUCAAACUGCGCCCUGAUCCCAAAGGUGCCCAAGCGGAGAGUGACGUGGGGGGGGAAACUGCUGAGAUCUGCACAUCUGCUCCAGGAGGACCUCGGCUCGACCGACAUGAGUUUCGCUGAGCCGUACGUCAAGAAGAGGAGAGCCGACUGCUCUCUGCCUGAAGAGGGAGACGAUAUGGAUGAGUUCGACAGCCGCUUCGACUUCACCGCUAUGGAUGAACCCAACCUGGACAUGGACAUGAGCAGCAUCACAGUCCGCAGCUCCUCGGAGGGGGGUAAUUUCCUCGACUCUCCCCGCGCGAACGAGCUGAUGGCGAAGGUGGCGUCUUUGGCGUACCAGCUGGACACCGAGACUCAGAGCAAGCGCAGAGCCGAGGAGAUGAGCGCUGAGCUCCAGCUGAAGCUCUCUGAGCUGCAGGACCAGCUGGAGGCUCGAGCCACGCCUUCGGGACAGGACACGGCCCUCUGUGAGCUGGAGGAGCUGCGGCGCCACCUGGAGGAGCAGGUUCAGGAGCGAGCGAGAGCGGAGGAGAAGAGUGCCGCCCUGGAGCUGAAGCUGGCUGAGCUGGAGAAGACUUCAGAAGCCCUCCUGCGCUCGCAGAACACCUGUGAACGGCUGCAGAGAGAUCUGGAAGAGGCCAUUCAGCUCUGCGAGACUGUUGGGUUUGAGAAAGAUGCUGUUAUAGCUGAGCGAGACCUGGCCAAACACACGCUGGAUCAGCUGACCUCCGACCUGGAGAGUGUGAAGGCAGAGAAGGACUCGCUUCAGAAAGACAAGGACGCCCUGCAGAAGGACAUCGAGGAGAGGAGAGAUGCGGACGAGUUCGAGAAACUGGAGGAGGAGGCCAAGAGGGAGUACGAGGGGGAAUUAGAGUCGGAGAACUCCAGGCUGAAGCAGGACCUAAAGCGAUCUGAAGAAAUGAUCCAACAGCUGAAGGCUGAUCUGGCGACGAUGUCAUCUGAGCUCCAGAAGAACACCGCUCUGACCGCUGAGCUUCAGAGAUUUAGCGACAAGGAUCUUGUGCAUGAAGUGACGUGUCUGAGGCGCUCUCUGGAUGAUGCGGAGACUCUCAGUUUGGAUACGAAGAAGGAAUGGGCCUUCCUGCGCAGCGAGAACAUCCGCCUCAAAGAGAGAGACGUGACCCUGACCACAGACUAUGAGAAGAUGGAAGCUGUGGUGAAGACGCUUCAGGAAAAGCUAGAGCUGGAGAAAUCUCGCUUCAGGAAGAUGCAAACCGAUCUCCAAAGAGAGCUGAUGGGAGCCUUCGAUGAGAACACCAAACUGACGGCUCUGCUGGACGGGAAAGUGCCGAAAAAUCUGACUGAUAAUCUGCUGUUGGAGAAAACACUGUGUGACGUGCGUAAGGAGCUUGACCAGAGUCUCGAGAGGGAGCGACAUCUGCAGAGCAAGGCGGAGGAGGUCGAGACGCUCUCUGUGAAAGUGGAGGAAUUACAGACACAGGUGUGUGUUCUGUCCGAAGAGCUGAGUUCUGCUCGAGAGGAGCGAGACGCUCUGGUAUCUGCUCAGUCCGCUGUGAAAGCAGGAGCCGGUGAGACGUGUGUGUCUGCGGAUCGGCCGCUGGAGACGGAGAGCGGUCUGGUGGAGGAAGCAGAACUGACCCGACAGAUCACACACACUUCAGAACGCCUGCAGAACAUCCAGACGGACCUGGAGGAGGCCACGCAGGAGAAGCACACACUGCUGGCAGCACUGGACGAGGCCACGCAGAAGUCGCUGCAGCUGAGCUCAGAGCUGGAGUGUGUGUGUGGCGAGAGAGACGCGCUUCUGUCUGAGAUGCGGAGAGUUCAGAGUGAGCCGGAUGAGAUGGAGGACCUGCGACGCGCCGUCAUCUCCCAAACUGAAGAGCGAGAGCAGAUGCAGGAGAUCCUACAGGCCCUGAGAGGCGAGCGGGACCAGCUCAAGAGCGACCUGGAGGAAAAUGUGGAGAUGAUGAUCGAGACUCAAGCAGAGCUGAGAGACGCUCAGGAGACGGUGAAGGACCUGCGGGGGGAGAUACUCAAUCUGAGGUCGCAGAGAGGUCAGGUCCAAACGAGCCUAGAGCAUCAGAUGAAGCAGCCGACAGAAGAAGAGCGACCGCUGUGUGAGAGAUCUGGCCAUCAUGAGCAGUCGGAGGCGCUGGAGCAGAUGAAGGCUGAUCUCAGGUCUGUGACGGAGGAGAGAGAGCAGCUUCGGGAGAGCCUGCAGCAGAUGCACACACUUCUGGAAGAGAAGACUGCGAUGAUUCUGCAGGUUCAGUCCGAGUUACAGCAGCAGCGUUUGAAUCAAGAACAGGAUUCGGGCGAGGAGAACAGCGCUCUGCUACAGAUCCAGACGCUAAAGAAAGAGCUCGAGACUUUAUUGGAGGAGAGGAACCAGCUGACGUUGAAACUUCAGGAGACGUCUGAGCAGGUGUGUGUUCUGUCUGAAGAGCUGAGUUCUGCUCGAGAGGAGCGAGACGCUCUGGUAUCUGCUCAGGCCGCUGUGAAAGCAGGAGUCGGUGAGACGUGUGUGUCUGCGGACCCGCCGCUGGAGACGGAGAGCGGUCUGGUGGAGGAAGCAGAACUGACCCGACAGAUCACACACACUUCAGAACGCCUGCAGAACAUCCAGACGGACCUGGAGGAGGCCACGCAGGAGAAGCACACACUGCUGGCAGCACUGGACGAGGCCACGCAGAAGUCGCUGCAGCUGAGCUCAGAGCUGGAGUGUGUGUGCGGCGAGAGAGACGCGCUUCUGUCUGAGAUGCGGAGAGUUCAGAGUGAGCCGGAUGAGAUGGAGGACCUGCGACGCGCCGUCAUCUCCCAAACUGAAGAGCGAGAGCAGAUGCAGGAGAUCCUACAGGCCCUGAGAGGCGAGCGGGACCAGCUCAAGAGCGACCUGGAGGACAGUAACGGGAUGCUUAUGCAGGUUCAGCAGGAGCGCAUCGGCCCAAAGAUGGACACUCAUCAUGAUGAGCUCCUCCAGCAGGUGCAGCGGCUCAAGGAGGAUCUGGAGACCACGAGCGCGGAGAAGAGCCAGCUGAAGUCGGAUCUGCAGGACAAUGUGGAAAUGAUGAUUGAAAACCAAGAGGAGCUGAGAGGAGCUCUUGAGAAGGUGAAAGAUCUUCAGAACGCUUUACUAGAGCUGGAGUCUCAGCGGACGCUCCUGGAGGCCAACCUCUCUGAACACACAUGUGAGAUGGAGAAGAUGAAGGCCAGCAUCACCUCGCUGACGGAGGAGAGAGAGCAGCUCCAGCUAACCCUGAGGAGAGAACAGCAGGACCGAGACCAGACGAUGGCCCAGCUGAGGGCAGAGCUCCAGUCUGUGUGUGCCGAGAGAGACCGAGUGUCCUCUGAGAGGAUCGGAGACGUGGAUCACAUGGACCGGGUGACCUCUGUGACUGAGGAGCGGGAUCGGCUCGCGGAAUCUCUUCAGCGGCUCACACACGAGAGCGAGGCGCUCAAGAGAGAUCGGCAGAUGCAGGACGAGACGUUGGUGGAGCUGCGAGAGCGUCUGCUGUGUGCGGAGAACGAGAGCGGUCUGCAGGAGUUGCAGAGCAGUCUGGCCUCCGUCAGUGAGGAGCGAGAGCAGCUCCUGGAGAUCCUGAAGCUCAACCGAGAGGAGAAGAACCAGCUGAGGAGAGACCUGGAGGAGAAGGACCAGAUCAUGCUGCAGCUUCGUGAGGAUCUUCUGUCGUCUUCCGAGAGAACCGGAGAGAAGAUGAAGAUGGCUGAAGCUAACGCUAGUGCCCUAGCUGAAGCUAACGUUAGCGCUCUGACUGAGGAGCGAGACCGGCUCCUGGAGUCUCUGCAGGUCCUCAGAGACGAGAGAGAGCAGAUCCUGAGAGAGCAGCAGGAGACGCUAGCGGCACUGAAGACGGCUGAAGCUAACGCUAGUGCCCUAGCUGAAGCUGAAGCUAACAUUAGCGCUCUGACUGAGGAGCGAGACCGGCUCCAGGAGUCUCUGCAGGUCCUCAGAGACGAGAGAGAGCAGAUCCUGAAAGAGCAGCAGGAGACGCUAGCGGCGAUGAAGACUGAUGAAGCUAACGCUAGUGCCCUAGCUGAAGCUGAAGCUAACAUUAGCGCUCUGACUGAAGAGCGAGACCGGCUCCUGGAGUCUCUGCAGGUCCUCAGAGACGAGAGAGAGCAGAUCCUGAGAGAGCAGCAGGAGACGCUAGCGGCACUGAAGACGGCUGAAGCUAACGCUAGUGCCCUAGCUGAAGCUGAAGCUAACAUUAGCGCUCUGACUGAAGAGCGAGACCAGCUCCUGGAGUCUCUACAGGUCCUCAGAGACGAGAGAGAGCAGAUCCUGAGAGAGCAGCAGGAGACGCUAGCGGCGAUGAAGACUGAUGAAGCUAACGCUAGUGCUCUGGCUGAAGCUAACGCUAGUGCCCUAGCUGAAGCUGAAGCUAACAUUAGCGCUCUGACUGAGGAGCGAGACCGGCUCCUGGAGUCUCUACAGGUCCUCAGAGACGAGAGAGAGCAGAUCCUGAGAGAGCAGCAGGAGAAGAGCGAGAUGAUGGAGCUGUUGAGGCAAGGGCUUCAGUCCGCGUGUGCCGAGAGAGACCGUCUGAUGUCAGAGAGAGACGCUGCAUGCAACCAAUCCAGCGCCUCCGUCAGUGUGACAUCACUGAGUGAGGGAGGAGACCUUCAGGAGAUCCUGCAGGGCGUCAGAGAGCUGAUCCAGGUCCAAGGAGAGCUCAAACAGAAGAAACACCAGGAGUCAGAUCCCAUGAGCCACCGAGCUCAACUUCAGCAGAUUCAGGCCCUGACGGAGGAGCUGGAGUCUCUGAGGAGUCGGAGAGAGCGGAUCCAGACGGACCUUCAGGAGGCAGCGGCGACUUCUAAAAUGUACCAGGAUUUGCUCCACCUGAGUAAGGAGGAGCUGAAGCAGCAGCAGAAGGAGACGGCCGAACUGGUGGAGCGGAGCGCAGUGAACGAGGCACAGCUUCAGCACAAGUUGAGUCAGAUGAGUGAAGAUCUGUCGGCUUUGAGUGCCGUGCGAGACCAGCUCACCACCGAGAUCCAGACCCUCCAAACGAACCUCAGCUCGCUCACAGGAGAGAAGGACGAGCUCCUGAAGACGCUGAGGAGAACGAGGGAGGAGCGAGAUCAGCUGAGGCUCGAUCUGCAGAAGAGUGAGCACACGCUGACACACAUCGAGUCUAAAGCAGAGCAACUGGAGCAGCAGAAGAUCCUGCUGGAAUCUGAAGUCCACUCGCUCAGUCUGUCUCUCACUGAGGUGAACGCUAGCGUGUCGGAUCAGAGUAGCGCGCAGUCCAAACACCGCUCCGCACGCCUGGUUUCUGAGAUUCAUGCGUCUGAGGAGAAGCUGCAGGCGGCUUUUGCGAAGCUCCAGCUGAUCGUGGAUCGACCCACUGACGCGCUACAUGACGUGAACCGUGACGAAUGGGCCGUGAUCUUUCCGCUGAUCCAGUUCAUUCCAGUGGCGCAGAGAAACGUCCACGCGAUGCACACAACAAAAACCACUAGACUGAACAACGUGCUGGUCAAGAUGGCGGAGGCGUGCAGGAGACGAGCGCAGCGCUGCAAGACUCACUUCGAGACGGAGGUCCAGCGUGACGUGGCCUUGUUCGAGGAGUCCCGACUGCAGGACCUGCUCGUUCUCACGGCUCGGGCUCCGGCACAGGGUUCGCCCGCUCUUCAGGACGACCUACAGCAGGUCUGGGAUCAGAGACUGACACAGCUGGUGGAAAGACGACAACAGUUCCUGCAGAAAUUGGAGUGUGUUCUGAGGGUCCUAGAGGACGGUGUAGCCAAACACUCGGUGCUCGUGUCAGAGGAGCGUCAGCACAGGACUCGUGCGCUCUCGGAUCUCAAGGCUCUGCUAACGUCUCCUCAGUCCGCCGCUAUUAUACAGCUCCACGAGCAACAGAUCACGCGUCGCACUAAAGCCGUCGAGCUUCUGAAUGCACAUUAUAUUGCUCUGAUGAACGACUGCGAGUCUGAGAUCUCGCCGCUCUUGUCGUCGUCGUCUGAGUCUGAGCGGCGGCUGAAGGCUGAAAGAGAGACUGCGACUCUGCUGAAAGCGCUGAACGGCACCCUUCCCAAAGCUGAGGCCGAACUCCUGCAGGACAAUCUCAGUCUGACGCUGCGGCUGCAGCAAACGCAGAAGCAGGUGGAGGAGGUUCUGGAGCAGACGAAGGACCUGAAGCUUCAGGCGGACUCAGCUCACCGGACACGGCUCCAGCUCCAGGAGCUCAGUGCCCAGCUGAAGCAGAAGCAAGGCCUCGUUUACAGCCUGGAGGCUAAACUCAAAGAGGCAGAGGUCCAGUUUAAGAGGAACAUGACACCGGCUGCCGCUGAACUCGCUGACUUGAAGGACAAACUCGUCAAAAUGGAGCUGGAUCACAUCGCAGUCUCCACCAGCCAUGAGAAGGAAAUGGCCCAGAUGAGCUCCAUGUUGGAGCACCGAGCCGACGUGAUCCGCAAGCUGAAGGAGAGCCUGAGGAAGAAGCAGCAGGACGACGAGCAGUCAUUCGCAGACGGGGACGAGUUUGUCCUGAAUUUGGGCUCAAACACCAGAGCAGUCUCGUCCCUCAAAGAGAAGGUGGAGGAGCUUCAGAAGAAGAACGCUCAGUUUGAGAGUCUGGUGAGCAAGCAGCAGGAGGAGCUCCACAAGUGGAAGCGGCGAGCGUAUAAGAUCAAGGAGAGCGUGAGAGACGCUCCAUGCACUCCGAAGAAGCGGCAGCCGCCCCUGAGCCAGACCGAGGUCAACUCCCCGAAGAGAGCCUUCGACUCGCCCAAGAGCAAGAUCUUCGACUCGCGCUCCAGCGCUCCCCUCGCCCUCGGACGGCCCACGCAGUUCUUCGACAACUCCAGCCUCGGGACCAUGCCAGAGGUGUCGUGUUCGUCGGCCGGGCCGCUCCUGGACUCCUCUGACAGUGAUGAUGAGGAGUCCAGCGCCGCCGUGGGGUCGAGCGCCGCAACUCUCGACGACUGGUGGCAGAUUCCCAGCGCUUCUGCCUCGGAGCCCGACGCUGAUGCUAACGUGAACGCCAACGCCUGUCCGACGCAGUGACGGCACUGAUGCUAACGUGAACGCCAACGCCUCUCCGACGCAGUGACGGCACUGAUGCUAAUGCGAACGCCAACGCCUGUCCGACGCAGUGUGAACGCUAACGCAUUGACGAUGCUAACGUGAGCGCUAACGCCCUGAUCUUCUAAACUCAGUCGCUGUCUGUCCAUGAAGAAACUUCAUUUCUUUUUUUUAUGUUGUUAUGUUUUCUGUAAAUAAAGUCUAUGUUUUUUCAAAGA